UAAUGGUUGAGAAUCAACUAUUUAUAAUGAUAUUGUAAAAGAGUUUGUGCACUAAGCAUUAUUCAUUAUAUAUCUAUCACUUUGCAAACCAUUCUCCUCUGGUUUUCUGCCUAAAUUGCAAUUGCUUACCUUCGGCCUUUUUAUUUCCUUCUAGCAACAAGAGACCAUGGCUGUCUUCCUGGGACAGGCACUUGCCACUUCAAUCAUUCAGGUGACACUUGAUAGACUGGCUUCUCCUGAAGUCAUAGCCUACAUCAAGGGAAGGAAACACACUGAUGAAUUGCUACAAAAGUUGAAGGUUUUGCUGUUAUCUGCUAAAUCAGUGCUCAUUGAUGCAGAGGAGAAGCAAUUUACAAACCCAGCUGUGAAAAAUUGGCUGGAUGAGCUUAAAGAUGCUGUUUAUGUUGCAGAUGACCUUCUGGAUGAGAUUGCCACUGAAGCCUUAUCCAAGUCAGAAGCUGAAUUUCAAACUUGCACCAGUAAGGUAUUGCACUUCGUCUCUACUUCUGUUAAUUCAUUUGAUAAAAAGAUACGGUCAAGGCUAGAAAAAGUUCUAGGUAUAUUACAAAUAGUCAUAGAACAAAAGAAUGUCCAUAAUCUGAAAGAGGUUGCCGGUGGAGUACCACUACCACCACGGCAAUUAACAACUUCUUGUCCUGAAGAAUAUGGUGUGUAUGGUAGAGAUAUUGAUAAGGAGGAGAUAUUUAAGAAGUUGCAAUUAAAUAAUGCAGAUGGUGAUGAGAUAUGUGUUGUUCCUAUAGUGGGCAUGGGUGGGGUUGGUAAAACAACCCUUGCUCGGCUUGUAUAUAAUGACAACCGAGUAAAGGAGAAUUUUGAUCUCAAAGCAUGGAUUUGUGUUUCAGACACAUUUGAUGGUUCUAUAAUAGCAAAAACUAUUCUUGAAGAGAUCACUUUGUCUAACUGUGACAUUCAUAGCUUGAAUUUGUUACAAAUUAGAAUAAGAGAGAGCUUAAAGGGAAAGAAGUUUCUCCUUGUUUUAGAUGAUGUUUGGAAUGAGGAAUAUAUUGCUUGGGAUAAGUUAGUUACAAUGCUUAGAUGUGGGGCAAAAGAGAUCAAAAUCAUUAUUACAACACGUAGUGAAAAUGUUGCAACAACUGUGCAGCCUAUUUCAAUUCAUCAUCUAAUGCAAUUGUCUGAUGAAGAAUGCUGGUUGUUAUUUGCAAAGCAUGCAUUUAAGAAUGUAGAAUUGAAUUCAGAUAAAGAACUAAUUGGUAGAAAAAUUGUUUGUAAGUGUAAAGGUUUGCCUUUAGCUGCAAAAGCACUUGGGGGUAUGUUGCAGUCUAAACAAGACCUAGGAGAGUGGAAUCAUAUUUUGGAGAGUGAUAUAUGGGAUCUACCAGAAGGUGAAAGUUCUAUCCUUCCAGCUCUAAGAUUGAGCUACAACUACCUCCCAUCACAUUUGAAACAAUGCUUUACUUAUUGCGCAAUCUUUCCAAAGGAUUAUGAAUUUUCAAAGGAGGAGUUAGUCUUGUUGUGGAUGGCAGAAGAUUUAUUGUUGAAACCCAAGGGAAAUGGAAGCAUGGAAGAAAUAGGUGAACAAUACUUUAAUGAGUUAAUAUCAAGGUCGUUUUUUCAACGAUCAAAUAAUGAUGAACCAUGUUUCAUAAUGCAUGACCUUUUUAAUGACUUAGCAAAAUUUAUAUCUAGAGAAUUUUGUUUUAGGUUGGAGAUUGAUAACUCAUAUGAAAUUACAAAAAAGAUGCGUCAUUUGUCAUAUUUUCGAACUGAAUUUGAUGUCCCUAAGAAAUUUGAGGUGUCUUAUGAAGCCAAGAAUUUGCGAACCUUCUUGGGACUAAAAUUGCCAUCUGCGUCAAAUUUUCAAUGUAAUAAUAUAUCAACAAUGGAGGUAAACAAUUUUUUGUGCAUAUUUAAGUGUUUACGAGCAUUAUCAUUGUCUCUCUAUGGAUAUUUAGCUGUGUUACCUGAUUCUAUUGGAAGUUUGAAACAUCUUCGCUAUUUGAAUCUUAAUGGCACCGAUAUCAAAGGCUUGCCUGAUUCUGUGUGUGGUUUGUAUAAUUUGCAAACCUUGUUAUUGAGGAAUUGUCGUUUCCUCCAAGAUUUGCCAACCAACUUGGGAAGACUGGUAAACUUACGUCACCUAGAUAUAAGAGGGACCCGUUUGAAAGGGAUGCCAAGACACAUGGGUAAAUUGAGAAGUCUUCAAAAUUUAAGUGAUUUUUAUGUGGGAAAAGGAGAACAUAGUGGGAGUAACAUUAAAGAGUUGGGAGAGCUUCCACAUCUUUCUGGAUCAUUGUGUGUAUCAGACUUGGAAAACGUUUGUCAAACAAGAGAUGCAAAGGAGGUUAAUUUGAAGAAUAAGAAGGGCUUGUCAGAGUUGGGGUUGAAAUGGGAAAGAGAUCAUGAGAACUAUGAUUCAGAACGUGAAAGAGAUGUGCUUGAGCAGUUGUGUCCUCAUACGAACUUGAAAUCUCUUUCUAUCAUAUCUUAUUAUGGUGCAGAAUAUCCAAGUUGGUUAGGAGCAUGUUCAUUCUCUAAUAUGGUGUCCCUAGAGCUUGACGAUUGUAGAUACUGUUCCUCCUUGCCUCCACUUGGGCAGCUACCUACCCUUGAAAAAUUAUCAUUUGAAAGGAUGCUAGAGUGGAAGGAAUGGUUUACAAAUGAAGGCGGAGUUUUCCCAAACCUCCGAGAGCUUCGCAUUAUCGAAUGUCCCAAGCUUACGGGAAAUCUGCCCAGUUUACUUCCUUCUUUAAGUGUAAUUGAAAUUAGAGAUUGUCCCCAGCUUGUUGCUUCACUUCCUAGUCCUUCGGCUCUCCAUGAAUUGGCCUUGACAAAUUGUGAUAUGGUGGUGUUGAAGGAAUUAUCACCUAAGCUACAAAGUCUUGGAAUUGGAGGAUGCCACGUGACUCUCCUUGAGGGUGGUCUACCCACUACUUUAAAAACACUUGAAAUCAAUGGAGUACUUCAGUUGCCUGGGGGCCAUUACUAUCCAUCAAUUGAGAGCUUGAAGGUAAAUAAAGGUCCUGGUUCACUUUGGUCUUUACCAUUAGAGUUUUUCCCAAAACUCAAAUCUAUCGAAAUUAGGGAUUCUGAUAAUCUUGAAUCUCUUUCGGCAUCAGAUAAAUCUCUCUUGGAUCUACCUUCUCUCACUAAUUUGACCAUCCAGUCCUGCCCUAAUUUUGUAUCUUUUCCCAGCGGGGGAUUGUGCGCCCCAAAUUUGACACAGAUUUCUAUUUCUCACUGUGAAAAGUUAAAGUCACUUGCUGAAGGUAUGCACACCCUCCUCCCAUCUCUUCUAUAUUUGAAGUUGAUGAAAUGUUCAGAACUUGAAUCAUUUCCUGAAGGGGGUUUGCCCUCCAAUUUACAAAUACUUGAAAUCAGUUGGUGCGAUAAACUCUUUCUCAGACGCAUGGAGUGGGGUUUACAGAGUCUUCACUCUCUCAGAGAAAUUAUUAUUAGCGAUCACGGCAGAGGAGUGGGUUCCUUUCCGGAGGAGGCGUUGUUGCCCCCUUCUCUUAUCUGCCUCAACAUUUCAUUUCCACAGCUGACAUCACUCAAUGGUAGGGGGUUUCAACACCUUACCUUGCUUAAACAGUUGGAGAUUUGGGUCUGCGAUGAAUUCCAGUCCUUACCAGAAGAGGGCUUUCCCGCCUCCCUUUCUAUUCUAGAUAUUUAUGAGUGUCCUUUGCUAAAAAAGCGGUAUCGGAGAAAGAAUGGAAAAGAAUGGCGCAAAAUUUCUCAUAUCCCCAUCAUAAGGAUUGACAAUGAAGUCAUCACAUAAGCUAUGAAUCCAGAAGUACCACUGCCCAGUGUCAUUUUCAGUUGUUUCGGCUUUUUUGAGAGAUGAUGAGAACAAAUUAAUGAGAAAUGGGGGUAAUGGGAGCUCAAUUGGGAAUGGGAAUGGAAAUGGUGGUGUGAUGGGGAGAGGGAAAGUGAGGGCUGAAUCAGUUAUUGAAGCAGCAACACUUGCUGCUAAUGGACAGCCAUUUGAGUUUGUUUACUAUCCUCGUGCCAGCACGCCAGAGUUUUGUGUGAAGGCUGCGAUGGUUAAAGCAGCAUUUCAGAUCCGGUGGUGUUCGGGAAUGAGGUUCAAGAUGGCUUUUGAAACCAAGGAUUCAUCACGGAUAAGUUGGUUCGUGGGAACCAUUUCUUCUUUUCAGGUUGCUGAUCCCAUUCACUGGCCUGAUUCACCUUGGAGGCUUCUACAGAUGGUUUGCUGAUAUGCUCUGGACCAUUGGUUACCCAAGAACAAUCAAUUUGCCUAUUUUCUCAUUCAGUUUGCUGAUAGGCAAUAUGGCAUGCUAUUUAAUCUCAGGUUCUUACAGGGGCAGUUCAAAGCUAGUGCUGCUUCAAUACCUGCUAAUAGCAGUUGAAACUCACUGCUCAUGUCUGGACAGGGACUUGCUUAGACUCUCUCUUUUUGAGUUUUGGGAAGUUUUGGUGAACGGGAAGAUGUGAAGUACUCUCCAAAGGACAGGUUGCUGCUUUGGGUUCUUUGUUCUCUUUCAAACUUAAGACAGCUCAAAAGGCUCAGCACAUGACCACUCUUGUAGAGACAAUGGUGGCAGAGGCAGAGGGAGAGAACUGAUCUAAGUCUGGGAAGGUGCUUUUACAUGACAAAUCAAGUCCGAUCAGCACACUCAUGUCAUUACCAGCAAUUAUUAAUAUGCUUUUUAAAGAUAGAGAUGCUCUGUGGUUCUUAGGUUUUCAGACACAAAAUGUGCAAAUGUUGAGGCCUCAGACAAUAGUAUACAAAACCAAGUAAACCUCCUGCAAUCCAAAACUUCCAGAUAGCAAAAUUACAUCCAAUGAGCUGCAAUGAUAUGUCCUGCUAGCAUGUUCUGUUUACUUCAUGUUUGGACUGUACAUACAGAGGUGUAAUGUUGUGAAAUGAAGAAUGAUGCCUCAUAGCUCCAAUUUCAGCUCCUCGAUUUGACUGAAAACAAAUCUUUUAUGAAUUUAUAGAUAUCAAUUGUGACCACAAAUUCAUGAUGCCUUUAGAACUUCCUCAUUUUUCAAAUAAUUUGGACCUGAAAUCCUUCAUGGUUUCACUGAACUAGCUCUUUUUCUAUCUUCUAUGAACUCUCUGAGAAUGUAGCUGGAAUCUGCUGAGAAGACAUGGAAGAGUUAUCGAAGUAAAAAGAUUGGUGCAAGAUUGCUCACAUCCUUGCAUACAUAUGGUAUGGAUGAUGAAGUAAUUACAUGAGCUAAAAUCACAAUGUGACCCACGCCCCUGUUUUAUAGUCAGGAUUGGCUGAGGAAUGGUGCAACAAUCACUUUCUGCCUUGAGCUCAAGUACAUGUUAACCGAAGAGAUGGGCUGCCUCACUGAGGAUUGAUGAGUAGUCUCCUUUGUUGAAGGAACAGUGUUGUGAUGAGAAGAGGGGAAAAGAAUGCCUAAGAAUGUUCACUCCCCCAUCAUAUUAAUCAAUGGUGAUCAUAUGAAACCGAAACUGUAGACAAAGUCCUCAUCACUUGUUCUCUUCAUUCACAUGCAGCAACAUAAUAUUACAGUUUGAAAUAACAUUUUAUUGAUCAGUCCUAGGAAGAGGCAUUAAUGUGGUCCAUUGCAGAAUAAGCUUGUUCGUUAUUUAGGGAUGAAACAAUGAUUGUGGCAGACAAAGUGUAGACAAGUAUUUAACUUGGCACCCGUACAGAUUGACACCCUUAACAAAAUAUAGUUUGGGUGGAACUUUUUAACUUGGCACCCUGGGAAUUUCAAACGAUUAAUAGUAUGUUCUGACUUUCAUUUUUCCCUACUACUGCAUUAAGCAUUUGCUUGACCAUAGAUAAUCCUUGGUUUUUUGGUGAAUUUUAUGGAUUUAUCAGCUCACUACCAGCAAUUUCUAUUCAAAUUUUAAAAUGUUCACAGGAUAUGCAUGAGGAGGUAGGGAUGGCUAUAUUUCUGGAAGCAAACUUCAGAUGAAUAUUAAGCACAUGGAUACAAGUUAUGCCUUGGAAUGAAAGAUAGUUCUAAAUCCGCUUUGAUUGUUAUUAUUUUCUUUACUUUUCUUUCUUAAUUUAUUUUCAAGUGGUGCUGCACUAUUCUACAUGUUUUUCAAACAACGAUAUGAUGUAAAUAGCCGAAUGAGAUUUCAGUUUGUGAUUUUGAAAAUUAUUACCUUGUUUUUAAAUUCCGGGGUGACUGCAACCAACCUACCCAACCUCCCUCCACACGGACCGCACCCAAUACUUCUUGUAAGUAUUUUAACCUCAUCUUCCCAUCAAUAUUUCUGCAAGUAGCUGCACCACCUCAUUCUUCUUUCAAUAUUUCUACACAGAAGUUUCCUAAGCGUCUGUAUUUGAUGAAGCUGCAGGUUGGCCCUGAGGGCUUGUGUUUACUUUGUUUUCCAGACAAGACUCCCCAUAGCAAUGGCAAGAAUGACCACAGGUGGUCCUCAUUUUUAGCAUUGAAAUGUGAUUAAAAGAACAAGUCCUUCAAGCCAAUCAAGACUUCUUGUUUGCUUAGUGAGAGAAGUGAGGUUAGGAAAUUCAGGAGAAAAAGUAUUGUUAAAGGAGUAUUAACAGUGGCAGCACUCCAAAGCCAACCGGAACUGUGGCCAGAUUCUGAUGCAAGACUCCUUAACAAAUUGGGGCUUUGGACAAUAAUCUUAUUAUUUGAUCUCAGCAGGACUCAUUAUCGACAUGGUAUGAUCCGAAUGCUCAAUGUGAAUACCAUAUGCAAGGAAGGGGACAUUGGACUUAUGAUUGCUAUUACCUUAAACAUAAGAUUCAGGACCUCAUCAACCAAGACCUCUGGAGUCCAUAUGUUAGUCUCAUCAGUCAUCUGGAAAGAGGGUUUGAAAAGUUGUUGCAAGACCACUUACACAUUAUCAGAGACAAUGACACGAUUGAUAUUGAGAGCUAUGGCCAGCUAACCCUAUCUCCAAUAGCUCCUGACAUUCACAAAACUGUAGGCUGGCGACAUCAAUUGAAUGUUACACAAUCGAAUAGGUCUGGUUUUGCAGACCCACUACGUGCAUGGAGUAUAUUGUUGUUGCACAACCAAGUUGUUUAUCAAAUACAGAAUUUCAUUUUACAGCCAGGGAGGGGAAAAUUGUAUAUUUCAUAUACCUAGUUUUAAAUCCAGUUUAUAUCACCAAAUGCAACAAUUUGACUGUGAUGGGCUUGCAAAGACUUUAUUUGACAUUUUGAAAUUGGUGGUGGACGUGAAGAUGUGAAGUCAUCUCCUGGGGAUAGAGAGCUAUUUUUGGUUUUUCGCUUCCACUCCAGAUGGCUCCAAAGGCUCAGCACUCUUGAUAUCGCUGCUGCCCUCACUAGUAGAAGCUUCCCAAUUCCCUUUUGUACGUCAAGAACUUUAUAUUGUCCUAUGCCGAUGCCAUGGUGCCUGAAAUAGUGAAAGAUGGAAAAUCUAGCUACUAGCACAAAAUUGCUCAAGUCUUGUUCCUUGAAGGAUCAAAGUCAAUCUUGAGACUCUCCCAUAUUAGUACCAGACUAAUAGGUUUUCCCCCCAACAAAAAGGUUUCAGACAAAAAUGUGGAACACAUUUGCGGUUUCUAACAACAGUAUACCAGGCAAUUGCUCCACAUGAUCCAAUUUACUCGCCUGGUUUGAUAUGGCUUCUUCCAAAAAUAUCCCUUGAUGCUAUCAUGUAUUCAGCUUAUUUCUAGAACUAAUUAAGUUUUAUAUGGUAUCUAUAUUGUGCUCAUCUAUGAUGAUUGGCAGUUGUCUUGUAAGUUAGCUUCAUAGGCUUCUUUUAGUUUUUAAUAAAGCAUUGGAAUGCCUAAUGUUUCCUUCGAAAUUAAUAAAAGUUCUAGAUUUAAAAAUACUAUUGAAGUCACUGUUAUAGAGAAGUGCCAAUUUGCUUAGUGAAUUGAAUUUCAAUA